GUUUGUGUCUCAUUACUAUAGUCGUGAUCCUCAAGGAGUCAUUAAAGGACUUUGAUCGAAAGAGACACAGUUCACACACUUCAGCUGAAGCGAGGAAGAACGAGCAGUUCUCAACUUUAACUCUACACAACAUGGACUUUUUAUCUUCAAGUCUGUUGCUGAUAGCGCUGGUGUCGAGUGUUUCUUCUGUGGAUAAGCUCAACAUGUGUAUGGAUGGGAAACACCAGAUCUCUGAGCCGAGAGCCGAGGGAGAGCUGUAUCGCCAGUGUUCCCCAUGGAAGGACAACGCAUGUUGCACAGCAAACACCACAGAAGAAGCUCAUCAGGAUCAGUCGUAUCUUUACAACUUCAACUGGAAUCACUGCGGGAUCAUGAGCAACUCGUGCAAGAAGCACUUCAUCCAGGACACGUGUUUCUACGAGUGUUCACCACACCUGGGGCCCUGGAUUCAGACGGCGAGUGAGUCGUGGCGUAAGGAGCGUAUCCUGGACGUGCCGCUGUGUGUGGAGGAUUGUAACGACUGGUUCGACGACUGUAAGAACGAUUACACGUGUAAAGAGAACUGGCACAAGGGCUGGGACUGGAGCACAGGCACUAACCGCUGUCCGAAAGACUCUCAGUGCCGUCGCUGGACCGAGGUCUUCUCCAGCGCUCAGGAUAUGUGUGAGAAGAUCUGGUCCAACUCCUACAAGUUCACGACGCUCAGCAGAGACAGCGGCCGCUGCAUGCAGAUGUGGUUCGAGGGAACAAACCCUAACAAGAAAGUGGCCGAAUACUACCUGAGGGGUGAUGCGGAGACGGUCGCCAUGGCAACAGGCCUGCGCGCGUGUGUGUUUGCGCUUCUCGUGAUGAUGCUGCGCUGACAUCAU